AUGAGGAAAGCAGAAAGAAAUCUCCGCGGGAGAGACACCGGUGUGCCGCCGCCGCCGCCGCCGCCGCUUCUCUCGCCGCCCCGCCUGAGGAGAAGCGCAGCCGGGAACGCUGCUCUCGCCGUCGCCGCUAACGCUGCCGCCGCCGCCGCCGCGAAAGCCCCGAGCUGGAGGGUGCACGGCGUGUCCCCGGGCGGCUGCAGCGGGAGCCCGGGCACUGCCCCAUCCUCCGCCCGCCCGCCAGCCGCGCGCAGCACCCGCUCCUCCCCCUCCGCAGCCGGCCCACCGCCGCCGCCCGCCUCAGCCCAGCCCAGCGCCCGCCAGCUCGCUCGUGCAUUCGUUCGCUCGUGUGCGCGCGCUCCCGCGCACCCGCCCUCCCCGCGCCUCACUCGGCGCGCGCUCCCGCCCCCGCGGCCCCGGCCGGCGGGAUCACGUGGACGGCUGGGCUCCCUCCUCCCCCGCCCCCUCCCCAGUUGUAGAGUGUGUAGAAAGCAAAAGGCUGGGGGCUGGCCGCGCUCGCGAGCCCAGGGCAUGCGCGCUGGGGCGGCCGGGCCUGCGCACUGGGGGCGGUGGGGAGCCUCGAGGUGGGCGGGGGCGUGGAGGGGGCUGUCCGUGGAGGGGGCCGCCCGAGUGGGGUCGGCCGCGGCCGGGCACAGUUGGCGCGCGAGGGCGUGGAAGCCGCCGGAGGAUCCGGCAUGUCUCAGGGCGGACGCGUGCGGGCCCCUGUUCCCAGGCCAUUCCGCGCGCGCCCCCCACCUCCUCCUCGGGACACUUGCCCCUGGAUCCCCUACCCCCGGCCGACCAGAGGCCGCUUUCUCGGGAAAUCCCCAGCCCCCAAGGGUGUUUUCCCUUGGGGACCUGCGCUGCGAGGGAGGGUGUUCAGAGAAGGGGCACAAGGGGGGCGUCCCUGGGAGGGGGGCGCGACUGGAGGCGACAGAACUGGGAGCGGGUGCCAAAGCGCGGGCCUUUGCUCCGCCGGGGCGCAGUAGGAGCACCAACAGGCAGAGUUGGAAACUUUUCCCCCACGUGGCACCACAGGCACUGGAAUUGAUCUAUACGGAUCAGAAAGACACCGACGGCCCGCUCUCAGCAGCCUCUAGGAUACUCUUCUCUUUCUGUCCCGGCACUUAAACAACGCGGCACCGUCACUCCUGCCUCCCUAGUAGCCCAAGCUCGUGGAACAAGAAAAGGAAGAUAAACUGACAUGUAUUAAUUAUUCGCAAUGGGCCAGGCACUGUGCUAGAACGUAUGAUUUCACCUCUUUAAAAUACAAAUCUGCACAUUUUAUUAAUAUUACUGGAAGGGGAAUGAUAGAGAAAACAUUGAGGACGUGUUUUCUCUCACAAUCUGACACAUCUGAUUGACUGAUUGAUUGAUUGUUUUUCAUUUAACAAUUAUUAGGCCUUACCAGGCUUAGGCACAGUUGUAGGUGCUCGGAAUACAGCGACGUACAAAACAGAAAAGAUACUGCCUGCUUCUUAGAUCUUACGUUCUAGCAGGCAAGCCUCACUUGUCUUAUAAUUCCUAAUAACAAUUUAAUAGUUUGUCAUUCUCUUGUUUUAGGUCACACUCCUUCACCUUCCCCAUUUCUGAAUCCCAGGUCUGGAUCUUUAUGAAAUCUGAUGGGGAGAUGGGAGGUGGGGGCGAGGACGGUAGCAAAAGGAACCAUCCACCCGACUGUGACUAAGAUAAGGUCUACCCAUGGCCUUCUCAACAGAUGACUGGAAGUUGAUUUCGUACUUUAUUUCUUAAGAAUAGUGACUAACCUACAGGAUCUGAUUCAAUUUAUUAGGAACACAGUGCCACCUUCCAAAAUUACUUACCUAAGAGGACUGAGCCUGCUGUCUCUGGAGCAGUUAGCUGAAAUAGUGCCUCAGAACGGAGCGUACCUGCGUUAACUUCUAGAGUGCUGUUUUCCGGCAGCUGCUGAAAUCCACGCUGAGGUUAUCAAGCUCAUCCUACAAAAUAAAACAAGUUCUUUGCAAUUUAAAGCAAAAAUCUGGGCUCAUUUUUAGGGUUUGUGGGGGAUGUGAAAGUUGUCUUAGAUAAGAUUCCAGGAAAGCUAGGAAUUAAUAGUGUAAUUACAGUCACUUUUCAACAACUUUGGGGAUUCGGUUGAGGGAGGUGUGAAAUUGGGAAAUUUAAUAAAAGGUCUUAUAUUAGUGACUUUCUAGAGUAGCCUUUGGCAGUCCUGUCUUUAAAGAGUAAUAACUGGUAGGGAAAAAAAUGAAUGGUAAUACACUGCAUCCAAGAACCUUGCCUUUAGCGAGCAUAAUUUGCAAACGCAUUUUGGGAUAAUGUUCAGGGUCCAAGUGUAAUCCUCCCUGGAAUUAGCAAUGCCUUUUGGGUCAGAGUUUCAUAGAUUUCUUCCAUCAUACAAUUAAAAUUGUUUUGGGAUUAUAUUGCCCAUAUUUGUUUCUAAUUCUCCAUUUUGCCUGUUUUAAUUGCCAGUGAUUAAUAACUGCCAUAUAAUAAGCUAAGCAUUUAUUAUGUUUCAGGCACAGUUCUAACUGCAUUAAAAUAAUAUCCCAUUUAAUUCUCGUAAAGUUUGAGAAUGGUUUUAUUAUACCUAUUUUACAGUUGAGUAAACCGAGGCUUAAAGUUAAGCACAUUGUCCAAGGUGCCUCCACUGCUUAGUCAUAAGCUAAAUUUGAUCUGAAUGACUCCAAAACCUUUAUCUUAAUGCUUAUGCUGAAAUGCCAGUCUUAAACUGAUUCCUCAAGAAAUCAAAUGCUAUGUGUAUUGUACAACCACUUUGGAAAGCUGUUGGCAAUAUCUCUUAAACAUAUGAAAACCCUAUGGCCCAGCACUUCCAUGCUUAGGAAUAUACCAAUGUCAAAUGUAUACCAAAAGACUAUUAAAGCACUCAGAGCAACCCUGUUCCUAAUAACCCCCAAACGGGAAACAACCCAAAUGGUCAUAAACAGUAAAAGAGAUAAAUAAUUGGUGGUACGUUCAUACUACAGAAUACACUCUACAACACUAAGGAUGAACAGUCUGCUUCCAAAUGCAGUAAAACACGUGAACCUCACAAAAGCGACCAGCCUCUCUGGCUGGUGAAAGGGAGACGCACAAUUGCAGGAGCCCAUUUAUAUAAAGUACAGAAACAGACAAAAGUCACUGAUGCUCUUCAAAGUCAGGAUAGUGGUUCCCUUGAGAGAGAGCUGAUGUCUAGGAGAGAACACCAAUACGGCUUCUGGGGAGAUGAUCAUGUUGUUUCUUGAGCUGGGUACUUGUGUGUUCACUUUGUGAAAAUUCACUGAGCUGCACUAUUGAUAUAUGCAUCUCUGUGUAUGUAAAUCAUGCUUCAAUGAAAAGCUUUAAAAUGCUGUGUAUGUAUGAAUGCAUUAGGGUAUUGCUUGUGUAUAUAUGAGUACCUAUGUAAUACUUUGUUUUUUUAUAUUAAUGACACUACUCAAUGCUU